UACAAACAGGAUCUCUCUUUACUGAACAAAGGGUUUGAAGGUUCAUCACUCACCACAAUCACAAUCAUGUACUCCCUGGGAAGAUUACAGCUUCAUCACCAGCCAGCCCACCUUCCCUUCACUCACACCUCUUCAUCCUUCCCGAAACAAUCCUCACUCUCAAUCCGACCAAACCCCUCUUUCAAAUACCCUUCUCUCCAAGCUUCUUCUUCUUCCAAACCUCAAAACUUCAUCCUCAUCCCUCUCCAAAAGUCCGCUCCUUUCCGCUUCCUCAAGUCCACAUGCAUCACUCUAACAACCGCCGCUGCUCUCCUCUCCCUCAAACCCCCGGCCAUCGCAGCCCCCGUCAGGCCUCCGACCACCAUGGAAGAAAAAGAAAAAGCCCUCGAAGAGCAAUUAGCAGCUCACCCUCAUGACGUCGACACUCUCCGUUCUUUAAUGGAGGCAAAAUUCAGAUCUGGAGAGUUCACAGACGCUAUAAAACUAACCGACCGUCUGAUAAAACUUGAACCGGACGAACCCAAGUGGCCGGUUCAGAAAGCCAAAUGCUUUUUAUACAGCGGAGAUAAAGAAUCAGCUAAAAGCGUAUACCAAGAGAUUCUAGCGAAAGACCCUCUUCGCCCUGAAGCUCAUCACGGCUUGUGUAUGGCUUCUUCCGAUGAAGGUCUUGAUUGGAAAAAAGUAGAGAGUAUAAUCGAGGAAGCAAUGCUGAGUUGCAGAAAGGAGAAUAGGCACAAGGAGUAUCGUGGGUUUAAGCUUCUUAUGGCUCAGAUUCGUGUGGUUAGAGGGAAACAUGGUGAAGCGCUGAAGCUUUACGAAGAGCUUGCGGAAGAAGAGCCAGGAGAUUUCUGGCCUUAUUUUUGUCAAGGAGCUAUCUACACUUUGCUGAACAAGGAAGACAAGGCGGAGGAGCAGUAUCUCAAGUUUAAGAAACUUGUGCCCGAGAAUUAUAAUUACAUAGAGGAUUUCUUGGUAAGUAAUCUGUUUGCAGGAGAGCUUUUCUCUGCAAUGGAGAGACGAUCAGGUUCAAAGAGUUGAAUUGGUGGGAUUGUCUGUAUGAUUUGAUUUUGAAUCAUAAUCUACUCUCAAAGUACAUCUUGUUCAUUAGUUGUACACACAUGAGACUAGUUACUUCUUUUCAUAUAAAACGCAUGGAUAUUCUAAUUGGGUGGA